CUCACUUCAAUAUCAUGUCGCUUGCCGAAAAGAUCGAGAACCCCAACGAGAGUCUCGUUAUUCCGAAAUGGUUAAACGAGUCCAAACUAAAACCUUUGCUGGCCAAGGAUGAGCCUGAUUAUGUCAGGAUUCUGCAGUUUACUCCUGUGGCUGCCGUACCACCUGGUGGUAACUUCACCUCUGUCAUGCUGCGAGUUUAUUUGGAUCUGGAACUGAAUGAUGGCACUAAAAAGAGAAAAUCAUAUGUGAUGAAGACUGCUCUGGAUUCAGAUAAAGGUGGCAAGGGAAUGAAUGAGUUUCGCUAUUAUCACAAGGAACAGCAAAUGUACUCCACUUAUCUGCCCGCAUUCGAGAAACUCUACCGCGAGGCAGGACAUCCCGUCCAGCUGAAUCCAAAGUGCCUCGAAAUCGGCGAGGAGGAGGGAAAUCUCUACUUCAUCUUUGAGGAUCUGUCAGCGCAGGGCUAUCAGAGUGUGGAUCGAACCAAAGGCAUCGAUAUGGAGCACAUGCGAUUGUCCCUCCGAAAACUGGCUGAGCUCCAUGCUGCCAGUGUGGUCUACAAGGAUCGUCAUGGUCCCUAUCCCGUGGACUUUGAACAUGGAUUCGCUAAGAAGGACAACAUUCAGCACAGCAUGCGAGGCUUCAAUGUCAAGGCUCCUGACUUCAAGGCAGCCAUGACGACUUGGGGCAUGGAUGAGGAAUAUCUCAGGAAUUUUCCCACUCCCGAUCAGUAUGCCAAAGUCUGUUUAGAAUCUCUUAAUGUGGACCCCAAGGACUUCAAUGUCCUGACUCAUGGUGACUUUUCAGCCACAAAUCUCCUCUACAAAUACGGUGAAAAAGGAGAUCUUCAGGAAGCUUACGUUUUGGACUUUCAGAUUUGCAAAUGGGGUAGUCCUGCCCAGGAUCUGCUGAUGAUGAUUACCAUCUCUGCGGAAAAAGGGUUGCGCAUCAAGGAGUUCGACAAUAUUGUGAGAAUCUACUGGCAAUAUCUCAUCGAGUGCUUGGACAUACUUAAGUAUGAGAAGCCGUAUCCACAACUGAGGGACCUACAGUCUUCCCUCUACAAGAAGAAUAACACGCUGUAUGCCUUCUUUUGCGUUAUGAAUCACCUAACCGCCCACUUACUGCACGUCAGCAAGGAAAGCAAUUUGCACACCAUUAUGUCCAAUAACGAGGUGGGUCGGAAUUUUCGGACCCGGAUGUACACUAAUCCCGCCUACGUGGAGGUUAUCAGAGAGCUGUAUCCCUUUUACAGCAACCGCGGGCUCUUCAACUUUGAAGACUACGAUGACUAGCUAGCAAUGACGAUCGUGACGAUCGAAGUGCAGCUCGC